CUGAAAGUCUCCGACGUGGACGAUUUCAUGGUAUGGGACGGAGACGAGAGAGUGGCGAAAUUCUGCGAUGGGGAGCCCUGCACCAGCAGAGAAGAAGCCAUAGAUUUCAUAAAAAGCUGGGUCGUCCCUCACCCGUGGCACAGGGCAAUCUGCCUCGACGGCAAGCCAAUUGGUACGAUCACGAUGAGCAGGGGUUCCCGCAGCAACGGCAGUGCUUGCCUUGCGGAGGUCGGGUACCUCCUGGCGUGGCAGCAUUGGGGGAAAGGGAUCGCGACGACGGCGGUGAAGAUGGCCGGCCGUGAAGGCCGUAUUUGA